AUGUUUGCUCGUUGUCGUCUCUUACAACCACUUGCACAUUGUUGUGAUGACUUAUUUCAAGAUUUUAAAACCUAUCAACGUCAAGUGCCAGUAGUCGGCUGUAUCUUGUUGAAUUCAAAACGUACAAAGCUUGUACUUGUACGUAAUUGGAAAGGAACAAGCUGGACAUUUCCAAGAGGAAAAGUAAAUGAAGGAGAAUCCGAUUUGGAUUGUGCACGACGAGAAGUUGCAGAAGAAUGUGGAUAUGAUGUGGGAAAUCAUCUUGAACCGAAACAACAUUUGGAGUUUGUAGCGAAUGAUCAACGCAUGCGGAUGUAUAUUUGCCCUGAUGUACCAGAAGAUUAUGCAUUUGCACCGCAAGCACGUAAAGAAAUUAGUACAAUUCAAUGGUUUACUUUUGAUGGACUGCCGAAGAAAACAUGGAGUGUCAUGCCGUUUAUGCCGAGACUAAAACGAUGGGUCAAGGGACACAAAAUAACCAAGAAGAAGGGAUGUCGUGCUGGUAUAAGCAGCACAGGACGUGCAGCUUCUGUACCACGCAACCGACCGCUCACGUCGAGCGUGAAUGAUGUGGUUCAGAAAAGUCGCGAGGACAUUUUGAAUAAGAAGAAGACGCAUCGACAGGAGAGAUCGAUUUCAACUCCCACAUAA